AUGCCAGCCAUCAAAUCCCGCCCGGUGGAUGCAGAAGAUGCGGCGCUGGCUGCGCGGAAGCGUCGGUUUCGGGCCGCACAAAGCAUGACGGUUGAUGGAGGCAUCGAAAGCUCAUUUGUGUCGCGAUUUGGCGCCAUCGACGAGCGAUUUUGGGCGCCAUUCUACGACGCAUGUGCGGCAGGACCAAAGUGGGUGGCCCAUCGCCCAUUGAUGAUAUCGUACUCGUUGCCACAGACUGUCAACGCCAAAGACACAUUUGGGGAAACCAUGAUGACCCUGGCUGCCAUCCAUGGCCGGACGCAAGUCGUGACGGUGUUACUCGGGAUCAAGGGGGAUCCGUGGAUGUUUAACAACAAGGGGUGGAGCGCCGUGACUGCUGCGGCAGUGUACAAUCACACGGCCUUGAUCAAGCUGUUUGCGUCCCAAAAUGUUCGGCUGGAUAUGCCAGACAAUCGACUGGGGUACACACCGGCCCAUUUCGCCGUCCAAGUGAAUAACAUCGACAUGCUUCGCCUGCUGUACGAGCAUCGGGCGAACCUGGCAGUAGCAGCAAAGAACGGCUAUACAUUGCUGCACACGGCAGCGGAAGCCGCGUCCGAAGACUGCCUCGAGUUCCUUUUGGCGAAGCGGUUGGUUUCGGUCGAUGCCCGAGACACCAGCCAUGAAACUCCAAGUCAUAAAGCCGCCCGCCAUAACCAUAGCCGCAUAUUGGAGAUUUUGUGCGUACAUGGCUCAUCGUUGAAGACCGAGAACUUGGACCAAGACUGUGUGGCAGACGUGUACUUGGACAACAUGCACGUGACUCGUCCGAUGGAGUUGAAGUAA